CCACCGGCCCCGCAGUGGGGUGCCAGGAGCUCCAGCAGUGCCCCUAGCCGGUUUUCCUCCUCCUUCCUUUUUAUUCUCAAGUUCCUUUUUAUUUCUCCCUUGCGUAACACUCUUCUUCUUCCCUUCUGCACCCCCACCCUCCCCACCACCUCCUCGCCACCCCACUCCUGAGGCCACUGCUCUCUGCAGGGUCCCCAGCUCAUGCCAGCCUCGUCUCCUUCCUUGCCAGCCCCCAGAGGGCCACCGGGAGACAUGGGGGGCCUGGCCCGAGAGCCGGCGCUCUCAGUCGCCCUCUGGUUGAGUUGGGGGGCGGCUCUAGGGGCUGUGGCGUGUGCCAUGGCCCUGCUGACCCAGCAAACAGAGCUGCAAAAUCUAAGGAGAGAGGUGACUCGGCUGCAGAGGACUGGAGGGCCCUGCAAGGAGGAAGAAGGGCAUCCGUGGCCGAGCCUCCGGGAGCAGAGCCCUGACGCCCUGGAAGCCUGGGAGAAUGGGGAGAGGUCCCGGAGAAAGAGAGCAGUGCUCACCCAUAAACAGAAGAAGAAGCACUCCGUUCUGCACCUUGUCCCCAUCAACAUCACCUCCAAGGAGGACUCUGAUGUGACAGAGGUGAUCUGGCAACCAGCUCUUAAGCAUGGGAGAAGCCUGGAGUCCCAAGGAUAUGUUGUUCGAGUCUGGGACACUGGAGUUUAUCUGCUGUAUAGCCAGGUCCUGUUCCACGAUGUGACUUUCACCAUGGGUCAGGUGGUGUCCCGGGAGGGCCGGGGAAGGCAGGAGACGCUAUUCCGUUGUAUACGAAGUAUGCCUUCCAAUCCGGACUGGGCCUACAAUAGUUGCUACAGUGCAGGUGUCUUCCACCUACACCAAGGGGAUAUUCUGAGUGUCACAAUCCCCCGGGGAAGGGCGAAGCUUAGCCUCUCGCCAUCUGGAACCUUCCUGGGCUUUGUGAAACUGUGAUUUUGAGGUGGUCUCAAGCUCGGAAGACUGGGGUGGGGACAUACUGGAGGCAGCCAAGAGCUAACAGGAACAGAGGCCUCUUCCAGGGUUGACUGGAACCCGGGGUUUGACGACUCACGAAUCUCCGUGCCUCCCUUUUCCCUUUCCGCCCCCAUCCCC